AAGGUGAAAAUAAUUUCUGAGCAGUAAACUUUUUAAACUUUUGGAUAAGCAGAACAUGUAAAUCUUUAAUAUGGGCGCAUACAUUUUUUUUUCUUUAUUUUUAAAGUGUAAAUUUGGAGAAUUCAUUUCAAAAUGACGGUUUGUACUUUUAUUCCAUUGUUUAAAUAACGACAACAAUCAAUUUUAGUGCAACUGUUUUGCGCAUAACGGAAAUUGCAUUGGCAUUGUUGGUUGCAUUUCAAAUCUAUAAUUCUCGUCACUAUUCUUACAACGCGCGGCCAAUAUGAAGGUCCCGGCCAAAGAAUUUGACGGCGUCGGCCUGGAGGAAAUUCCCAACGCUGAAGACUACGUGUGGAACGCCAGUCUCCAGGCAGGCGAUUCAGAAAUCGUAAUAGAAAAGCGUCAGAAAGCAUGGCUGGAGGAAUGCCAGAAGUCGGUCGGCGCAUCCUCCUUGGACGACGUCGUCUUCGAAAUAAAAGGUCUCUCGUCUGGAAGGUUCACCUUCGUCAGCAUCUCCUCCUCAAAUUUCUCUGGCAAGAAGCGCACUGCCGUAAUGCCUAAAGUGGUUUUUGAUUGCCUGGGACUGACCGGAAGCCAGAGAGCUUUUCAAAUCUCACCCAUGGCCACUCCACCAAAAGCAAAUAGAGUCAUCGUCGCCUGCAAAGAGACACUCAGCAAGGAACAGCUCCAGGACCUGAAGAGCGAGUUGGCUAAAACAAGGGCUCUUGGGAUUGGCCAGGUCUUGAGUCUUUCAUUGCUUGGAAAGUUCACAGAAUUCUCUCCACGCCGAGCCACAGGACCUGCCAGAAAUGUCUGUUCCUGAAAUCGCUACCAUUCCCUUGAUGUCUGGCUCCUGGCUCAAAUGAUCCUGUUGUUGUUGGCAACGAAGAAGAGCACAGAGAACACAGCCAUACUCUCGGCAUUUCUCCGGAGCCAGAAGUUAUCAUGACGAGAUCCAGAGCAGCACCGAUGAGCCGCCCAAGAAGAGAAGCAAAAGGUGGAGGAAUCGACAAGAUCCGGCAAAAGAGGCUCAAAUUUUUUACAACAGAAGAGCCAAGAGGUUGACUGCUAUGGUAUCUUGACUGUAGAGCAGCUGCGAGCUA